GCAGUUGCCGUCAGCCUCGCCUCCCAGUGAGCCAAGCUAGUAGCGAGGCUGCUUUGCCGAUUCGAUACUUUUUUUCAUUUCACAAACGAAGAAAAACGGUGUGUGUUUCAACGUAAUUUGGUCUGUUUCUUCCCUAACCGAUUCACCGGCGAAUUCGCAUGUAACCGUAAUUAAAUAACCCCGUAACAAUAAUCCGAUUUAAGAACCAAGUUAACCGAUUCAUCCGGUUCCGCAGUUGUCCGAACUACGCGCAACGCCUAACACCUCGAAUAUUCUUUCCAACUAAACGCAAACACGCUAUAACCAGUAAACGAUCGUCUUCGACGAGUGAUCAAUGUGUGCGGAAUAGUGCAGUCAGUUCCCGAGACCCUCGAGGAGACCGAGACGCUUGGAACUUCCAGCCAUGGGACGGCGAUGAGCCAUUAAUUUACCUGGAACAAGAUGGGUCAUCAUUACGUGAGCAAGAUGACGCUAUACCUGCUGAUCCCCGUGUUCGGGGCGUUAUUCACGCAGGUGUUGGCUCAGAGCAACUAUGCUUCCCAGGCAAACAGCAUCGAGUACCAGCCAGGACUCCCGCCUAGUACCAUUCUGGACGGCAAAGUCACAAAAUUGGACGACAUUUCCUCAGACAUAUCCUUAAAUCGUACUAAGGCUCAUCUGAACUGUGCUCAAGGCAGCAUGGAAGUCGAGCUACACUUCAAUGAAGCAUUUUACGGUGUAGCUUACGCUGACUUUGAUCGCAACAGUGCCUGUAUGGCUAGAGGAAACGGCGCUAAUUCUACCAAAUUGGAAUUACCACUUAAAGGUUGUGGCACGGUCCAGGAUCCCCAGCGUGUUUUCACUAACAACAUAGUGGUGCGAUUCCAUCCUGGUCUCGAAAUGGAAGGUGACGAGGUUAUUACCAUUGUUUGCAGAUACCCUCCUCCAGUGGUACUAGUACCACCCGCAACGCAGCGUAUAAGAGUCGAUGAGCCCACCAUAGGUCCUGUCCUGCCAGCACCACUCCAGGGAUUCCAAAUUCUUCUGGUUAUCUGCGCAAUCUUAUUCCUCACGCUUCUACUUCUUGGCUUGGGCUGUUCGUACAUGUGCCUGAAGCGGAAAAACGUCCGCGUUAUUCACCGGCAUCCGUUCAGCACCGGAUCCGGUUCUGAAAUAACAAAAAUGUCGACAUCAUCCCUCAGCAAUUUGUCCAUGAUUGAGGGUCUCAAGAUCCCCAGGGCUCACGCGCUCCUUCACGCAGCUCCGUCAUCCUCCGGAAGCGAGACCAAUCUUGUCAUCGACCAUUCAGAUACCCUUCCCAGUGACUAUCCGAGUGAGAGCCAUUCGGAAGUUGACGAAGAACGCUCCUUACCGGUUUCCUCCGCUGGAUCCUACGACAACAAAGCUUUCAUGCACCAGCAACAGGCCGAGAUUCGCACGCCGAGUUCGCUCUAUUCGGAAUCGGUGGCGGACGCGGAAACCUCGGCAAUGACGGCCGCCAAUGCAUCCAGAAUUGCAGUUCCUCGACACCCCGUCGCUCUUCCAAUAGAACCCAAAUUCGACGUACAAAUGAGAGUGAAGAGAGCGCCACCUCCGCCACCUAGUCCAUUGCCAUCCGAGUCCGACGCAAGCAUCGCCCUGGAAAGAAACUUGACGACAAUUUUGGAAAGAGAAGAGUCCGCCAGAUCGAUGGAGAGUCCAGUACCACCUGCACCUCAGAUGACCUCAUUCUCCUAUGUUCCCGAAUUGCACUAUCCUCCGAACGCCACCAUAUCCAGACAGCAGACACCGCCUGUGUACUCGAGGAUUCUAAGGAAGCAGGCUGAGAGAGAGGCGAUGGAACCACCGAUGGCUAUUCAUCGUCCCAGGUCAUUGACCUCGCUGAAUACGGAAUUGACGGAUACUCACUCCCUCACUGAAGUUACCGACAAUACUCACGCUAGGUACAAGGUCGCCAGCAUUCUCGCACCGACGCCACCGCCUCCACCAUCCAUCGGGCCGAGCACGCACACGACUGUUUUGCACCAUGAACUACCCGCUGAACGAGUUGAGCCUCUCGUCGAGCCUGUGGUCGCUCAGAGACGCCCGGAAAUUACGACACACGAGGUCGACGAUGUCUUCCUAAGAACCGUGACUGAGAAGCGGACUAUAGAGGACAUCGAACGUCACAGACGACAAGUGACCGAGUACCAUGCCAGACCGCAAGUCCUUCCAGACCCGAAGUGGGACGUGACCAUUCGAAACUAUCCGACGGAGGAGCUUCCACCACCUCCUCCCGAAUGGGAGAACUUCUCUGACAUAAGCUCGGCGUCUAAUCUUACCAUCACAAACGACCCAACGCCUCACGAACCCGAACCCGAGCUGCUUGAUAUGGUCGAUACGAACAUAGAGCCGACGUACACACCCAGGGUGGAAAUGCCGCCCAGAAUGAUCGACGAAGAUCCGGUUCCAAAUUGGAGCGUCCUGAUACGCGUACUCGAACCGCAACACGCGGCGGAAUUGACGGAAGAGGAACGCGUCAAGUGGCGAGAGAUAAUCACCACGGAAAGCACCCUCCGCACUCUCCUUACCGAGGCUGUGGUGAAGGAGGAUUACGAGCUGAUCAGAAAGGAUGUGCGAUACACGAAUCUAUUUUCAUCAGAAAAGUGGGACGUGAUCAUCAGGAUUCUCAGCCCUCCAUCUUCGGCUCCGCCCGGCAAAAGUGGGCAGCGUUACAAGCGCGGAAAGGGUUCCGAGUGGGACACCAGAUCAAGAAGGUCGUCUCUUCCAACGCUCUACGAGUACGAGAGUGACGGCGGCAGUUCAGUCAGGACGCUGACCCAGGACCAGCGACAAGGAGGAGGAGCUCCUCUUCCUCCUGGACGCUACAGACGCCUGAGCUCAACGACUCGAGGUGGCAGCGAAGCCGACCUCAGGUCCAUGUCAGAGAUGACAGUUAGGGACUUCGCCAGAGCGGAUCGCGAUGAUCUGACCAGUCUAAGCUCUUACGAAGGCGAGUCUCUCGUCAGGUCGUUGAGUCAACCGAGUCUUGCCAGGUCCGGUUCUGAGUUCACAGAACACUGGGGGGUUCCCAGAGGGACUUGGGGUGGCGAGGACGGUGUCAGCUCCGCGGAAACGACACCACAACCCGUGAGGCGGAUGCCCUAUCAACAACACCGCCAGGAGGUGACCUCUUCCGUCUUUAGCAACGCUCAACAGGGCGUAAUCACUACCGGUGGAGCACCGGGGACGCAGGGAAUGGUCUUCAGGGAGGCCAGGUACUCUGAGACCGUUCGAGAAACCCAGCAGCAGGGAAGUUCCAGUUGGUUCCAUGACGACUCGGAACCGGAAAUGCAGAUCUGAGGAUCUUUAUGAUUACGAAAUUAGGGAGAAAGUGAUAAAGAUGCCUAUUGACGACUCAGCGUCGUCUCAUAGUCCAAAAUCAAAAUAGAUUAUCGAAAGGACUUUUCCGAAAAAUUCACCUUGGUGCGCGAUUUUCUUUUAACAAUAU